AUGGCGAUCAAGCACAACCAGCAAAUUGCCCACAACCAUUUCCGAAAGGAUUGGCAAAGACGAGUUAGAGUUCACUUCGACCAGCCUGGCCGAAAACUCAGACGCCGCAAUGCUCGUCUCGCAAAGACUGCAGCUGUCGCCCCACGCCCAAUCGACUUGUUGAGACCUGUUGUCAGAUGCCCAACCAUCAAGUACAACAGACGUGUACGAGCUGGCCGUGGUUUCACCCUCGCCGAGUUGAAGGAGGCACAAAUCCCCCGCAAGCUCGCCCCAACCAUCGGUAUCUCCGUUGAUGCCCGCCGUCAAAACCUCUCCGUCGAGUCCCUCAAGGCCAACGUCGACCGUCUCAAGUCCUUCCGUGCCCGCCUUAUCCUCUUCCCACGCAAACUUGGUCAACCUAAGAAGGGUGACUCCACCAAGGAGGAAGUCGCUGCUCUCAAGGAGACCAGCAGCCGUGUCAAGAACGCUCUCCCAAUCUCUACUGUCGAGGGUGGAUUCUCAGAGAUCAAGAAGAGCGAUAUGCCAAAACCAAUUGAGGGAGGUGCAUACAGAAAGUUGCGCGUUGCAAGAAGUGAUGCUAGAUUGGCCGGAAAGCGUGAGAAGAGAGCAAAGGAUGCAGCUGAUGAGGCCGCUGCUGCCAAGAAAUAA